UAACUUUACACUGUUUCAAACUACGGAAUAUGGAAACUGUUAUACUCUAUCGAGUGAUAUGUUCAUAACGAGAAAAACGGGUCCUAUGAAUGGCCUGCAAUUGAUUUUACAAGUUGAGAAAUUCGAGUUGUUAAGAAAUUUAAUUGAUGGUUCCGGUUUUCGACUCGUAAUUCAUGAACCAGAAACCUUCCCUUUUCCACAGGAUGAGGGUUACACAAUCAGUUCUGGGCAUGAAACAACCAUUGGGAUGAAAAUGGUACGUGUGGUGCGUGCAGAGGAACCAUAUGGUAUGUGUGAUUCAGGAGAUAUCUUCUAUAAGACGUAUGGGUUCCGCUAUACUAUGCAGGCGUGUCUACAAAUCUGCAGAAAUAGGAAAGUUGUCGAAAUCUGCAAUUGUCGACCAUCCGAACAUAUGGACAUCAAAUUCAUGGACAAAUUCAACACGACUCCUGUUUGUUCCUCUAAUAUACAAGUAACCUCAAAUGGUACAGUAAACAACAAAACUGUGAAGGGUGAAUAUAGUAAUGCCAAGCAGUGUGAGGAAUUCAUUUAUUUCCGAAUUGAUGAACAUUAUAUUGACUGUGAAUGUGCAAGUCCCUGCAGGCAAACACUCUAUCAAUCCACUAUCUCUGGUCGAAUGUGGCCCAAAGACUCCUUUCUUGAAAAAGAAUUGUUGAAUACACGUUGUGAACAAUUCAAUUACUCAUACUGUGACAUGUAUAGGAGUGGGAAAAAUUCUGCAUAUUUUAAAGACAACUUCUUAAAGUUGGUGGUAUAUUACGAGGAUAUGAACUAUGAGGAGAUUUCAGAAGAACCGUCAUAUGAUGGUUUCAGAUUUUUGUCGGAUUUAGGAGGAGCCAUGGGACUUUUCUUGGGUGCCUCUCUUCUGAGUUUUCUUGAAUUGGUACAACUGUUGGUGGAACUUUUUAAUUAUCAUCGUCACAAAUGUCGUAAAGGAAAAAUCGAAGUAAACAAAGAUCCGAGUACAUGUAUUAUCGUAAAACCGACCAAGGAGACCACCGUAAUGAAGAACAUAUUCACAGUUGCUAGGGAAAAAAGUGAAAAUGUUUAAUAUAUCCAUGUAUAUGUAUGCUUUAUGCAUAUGCAGGGGUCAUAACAGUAUUUCACUAGAGGUUCACGUCAAA